UCUCACUGUAUUUCGGUCACAGCUGAUCCGACCACGACGGUGACGUUGGUGAGGCAGGAUGCUCAUUCUUGUGGAAGGGUACCUGAAGAAGCGCUGUGCCAACUUGCCAUUGAUGCGAAGGAGGUACUGCAUGCUGGUUGUCGAUGAUUCCCAGCCGUCGUCUUCGUCGCCCAAAAUCAAGGUUAUGCUGCGAUCGUACAAGCACGAAGAGGCGCGCCACGCGUCCAUCGACUCGUUUGUGUCGUCGCAUGUGGUGAAAUGCAUUGGUGAAUGGACUGGAAAAGGCAACCUGCACACGUAUCCGAAUGCGUUUGUGGUUGAGACGCUGCAGAGCAAGCUCUUUCAUUGCUCGGCCGACACGCUCGAGGACAAGGUCCGAUGGACGACGGCAAUCGCCGUGUACGAUCGGCUGUCCGUCGGGUCUUCUUGCACUGCCGCCGUCGUUCACACCCCUGCAUCCUACGUCCGCCUCUCGGACGCUACGGAGCCAGGACCCGUCAUCGAUGACGAGACGCCGGUAAACCCCCCCCCUCUGGAAGCGCAACACCAUGUUGCGACUGACACAGCAGCGCCGACGACCUCGAUCCGACGACCUUCCGCUCGUCCCAUGAGCUUACGCAACGACGCGCUGUUCAAAUCGAAACAACGGCGUCGUGGCAACUACAACGAUCUCGACAUCGACAGCGGCGAAGAAGACCAUGUGGACGCGGUGCAUCUAGACAGCGCGCUCAUCCAUCCCCAGCCAGCAUCAUCGCCACGACCUUCUGUGGAGAAUGAUGCCCUCGACGACAUCCCGUUCAGUUAUGUGGACGCCCCGGCGAUGUCCAUGCAAUACAUCACUGUCACAGCCACGAACUCGGACGCUCAUCACGUUGACGAAGAAGAGUACUUGGACUUGAAUCCAGAUAUGGUCGCCCGAUUCUCCGACAUGCGCAUGAUGGAAGCACGGGGGCUUUCCCACGACAUAUCCCAUCGACCAAAGCGCCAGGAUGUGCCAACCCGGCGAAAGCACCGACAAGACGAUCUGGUUCAACCUCCACCACGAUCCAAAAAAAGUUUGCACAAAAAACAAAUACUAGACGACCAAGACGCCCACUUGCGAGACAAAACGACGAAAAAAAAGAAAAAGAAAAAAAAACAACCUCCGAACGACGACCAACUACAGUUGCCACCUCGACCCAGCAGCACCCUACUACCCCCAGAUGCACCACCACCUCGGCCGCCGCCGCCAUCUGUCCAACUUCCAGCGAUAGAUGACUUUUAGCAUGUUGGUUGUCCUCCUGCUAUGUCAGCCACUCAACAGUAUAGUAUACAGAUGGGCCGCAGGAAUGGGUUGGAUACAUGUGAAUCAACUAUGAUAUGCAGCCAAUCACAGACCUUUCUCAUUGUACUGACGAUUAGUUGACACGGAGCGUUG